CUUAGGUCACCUAGAUUUUAAUUUAAUGAAAAGUAUCAAUCUUUAGCGUAAUUUCUUAAUAAGUAUAUCUGUAGAUAAUAAAUAAUACGUUCUUUCAUGAUGCCCUCUUUCUCAAGACUCCAAAAAAUUGCUAUUAUCAGCUUGGGCGCAGUUGGAGGCGGCCUAGCGUAUUAUCAGUUAAAUAGUAAACAGGAGAGGAAGUACGGCGUGCAUAACUCUUGGACUACAAAUUAUUCUCCUAGUGUGAAAUGGGAUUCCAACUGGGAUCACCGGGACCCAAAAGCUAUUGUAAAGCCGCCAAAGAGUAGCAAGCCAGAAGAAGAAAACAGGUACAAUGAGGAGUUGGAGAAGAACAAGAGCAAAGCUGUGCGGCAUAUAUUUAUGAUCCGGCACGGCCAGUACUUUGUGGACGGAGCCACUGACAAGGACCGGGUACUUACAGAGUUAGGCAGGAAGCAAGCAGACUUGACCGGGCAACGGUUAGCAUUGCUAGACAUCAAAUGGGACCUUCUAGUCCGUUCCACAAUGACUCGGGCACAAGAGACAGCCAUGCUCAUCCAGAAACAUCUUCCCGCUGACCUGGAGGUCAUCAACUGUUCUUUGAUAGAAGAGGGGGCUCCGAUACCACCGGAGCCACCCGUUGGCCAUUGGAGGCCUGAGCCAAAACAGUUCUUCCAGGACGGAGCCAGGAUAGAGGCGGGGUUCCGCCGCUACUUCCACCGCGCGCCGCCGGAACAAGUGCGCGACUCUUACACUCUGCUGGUGUGCCACGCUAACGUCAUCCGGUACUUCGUGUGCAAAGCCCUCCAAUUCCCGCCCGAGGCGUGGCUGCGGAUAUCGCUGAACCACGGCUCCAUCACUUGGGUCUCGAUCAUGCCCAACGGCAACGUCGUUCUGCGCUCGCUCAGCGAUACCGGCUUCAUGGAGCCCAAGUGUGUCACCAGCCGGUAAAAUAUACUCACUUGUUUACUCCAGCGAGUAGCUACAUCGGUUCCCCAAACGCGAUAGUUCCGCGUAGCAAAAUUUCCAGUCGCAUUUUUUUUAUACCACGUUGCUGGCAAACGGUCACCGUAACAUAUGGACGCCUGCAACUCGAGGGGUGUCGCAUUACCGACCCAUUAGAAACUUGUACACUCUUUUUUUGAAGAACUCCGUACUGUGGUUCAACGGUAAUACCUCGGUAGGGAGCUCAUUCCACAGCCGGAGCGUCCGCGGGAGCAUUAUUCCCUACUAGUUAUUUUUUUCAAUCAUGUCAUGUAAUAUGUACGUCCCAAAUGUCCCAAUUCGCAUAGGCUGAAAACUAUACUUUUUUUUAAUAAAUUUCAUUUACAAAUCAAUUAGGAGCCUAAUCUGGGUAGUUUGCGCUUCGGGCAUCUAAAGAAACCUAACGAACCUAACCUACCUACCUAUUGACUUAGGGCCCCCUCACAUCUAGCGUCUCGUUUUCCAUACAGUUGGCCCGAAGCUACGCUCGCGAGACGCUAGAUGUGACGGGUCCUUAGUGUGACUACCGUUACAAGUGUGAAAACACUAAACUUAGGGGAAAAAAAAGCGACGGGGAAUUGACGCUUUUAAAAACCUUCAGUAUUUGAACAUGAAUAAUUGGUUAAAAUAAUCUUAUACCUUUAAUAAAAUAUUAAGUGGGGAAAAAUGCGACCGGAAAUGUUGCUUCUCGAAACUAACGCGUUCAGGGUGUAGAUCGAGCUACCAACUUCGGCUGAAGGGCUAGUAUAUGAUUGGCGCGAGACCACAGAAUAUAUAAUAGUACAAGUACAGAAGGCUCACUCCUUUGAUGUUCACAGAAUGCCGCCAUUCUAAACCAUUCUAAUUCUUACCUACAUUAACAAACGGACCGCACGCGAGCA